AUGGCUCACAGCUUCACUCAGGAGUAUUUUCAGAUCCCUGUGGUGACCCGAGCGUACACGACCGCCUGUGUCCUCACCACCGCUGCCGUGCAACUUGAGGUCAUCACUCCCUUCCAGCUCUACUUUAACCCAGACCUCAUCAUCAGAAGAUACCAGAUAUGGCGUCUGAUAACCAGCUUCCUCUUCUUCGGUUCUCUUGGAUUCAGUUUUGUGUUCAACAUCAUCUUUCUUUAUCGAUACUGCCGGAUGUUGGAGGAAGGCUGCUUCCGGGGCCGGACGGCAGAUUUUGUGUUCAUGUUCCUGUUCGGAGGCGUCCUGAUGACUCUGUUCGGCCUGUUCGCCAACGUCUUCUUCCUGGGUCAGGCCUUCAUCAUCAUGCUGGUGUACGUGUGGAGUAGAAGACAUCCGCUCAUACACAUGAACUUCUUCGGCCUGCUCAACUUCCAGGCGCCGUUUCUGCCCUGGGUGCUGAUGGGAUUUUCGCUGCUGCUCGGAAACUCCAUCGUGGUCGACCUCUUGGGUAUCAGCGUCGGCCACAUGUACUACUUCCUGGAAGACGUGUUUCCAAACCAGCCUGGAGGAAGGAAGCUGCUGAUGACUCCAGAGCUUCUGUAA